CGACACCUGUGAUGCGGCAGCGUACGUAGUAGGCGUGGCUACGCUGUACGGUCGGCGAGCCGCCUGGUGGUAGCGUGACUGAUUUCUGCUGUCCGCUCAUCGUACAGCCAGAGGGACGCUUCGAAAGCCGGUGCAACGAUGUCCGAUGACGAGCAGCAAGAUCAGACCAUCGCCGAGGACUUGGUCGUGACGAAGUACAAGAUGGGUGGUGACAUCGCCAACCAGGCGCUGAGGGUCGUCAUCGAUGCCGCAAAACCAGGAGUUUCAGUUCUCAGCCUCUGUGAGAAAGGAGAUGCUUUCAUCAUGGCAGAGACUGGGAAGGUCUUUAAGAAGGAGAAGGACAUGAAGAAAGGCAUUGCGUUCCCCACCAGUGUGUCAGUCAAUAACUGUGUCUGCCACUUCUCUCCCUUGAAGAGCGACCCCGACUACACGCUGAAAGAUGGAGAUUUGGUCAAAAUUGAUUUAGGAGUACAUGUCGACGGCUUCAUCUCCAACGUGGCCCAUAGCUUUGUUAUUGGAGCUACUAAGGAAGCACCUGUGACAGGAAGGAAAGCUGAUGUCAUCAAAGCAGCACACCUGUGUGCAGAAGCAGCUUUGCGUCUCGUCAAACCUGGCAACCAGAACACUCAAGUAACAGAUGCCUGGAAUAAGAUUGCUCACUCAUUCAAGUGCAAUCCAAUUGAGGGUAUGCUGUCUCAUCAACUAAAGCAACAUGUUAUUGAUGGAGAAAAGACCAUUAUCCAGAACCCUACAGAUCAACAACGGAAGGACCAUGAGAAGGCAGAGUUUGAAGUUCAUGAAGUUUAUGCCGUGGAUGUGCUGAUCAGCACAGGAGAGGGGAAGGCGAGAGAUGGCGGCCAGAGGACAACCAUCUACAAAAGAGACCCCAGUAAGCAGUAUGGGCUGAAAAUGAAGACCUCAAGAAUGUUCUUCAGUGAGGUGGAGAGGCGCUUUGAUGCCAUGCCCUUCACUCUCAGGGCGUUUGAGGAUGAAGGAAAGGCUCGUUUGGGAGUGGUGGAGUGUGCCAAACAUGAGCUCCUGCAGCCUUUUAGUGUGCUGAAUGAGAAAGAAGGUGAGUUUGUGGCUCAGUUUAAGUUCACAGUGCUGCUCAUGGCCAAUGGGCCCUUGAAAAUCACCAGUGGACCACUUGAAGCGGACCUCUACAAGUCUGAAUAUGAUGUUCAAGAUCCUGAACUGAAGUCUCUCAUCCAGAGCUCUGCAAGUCGCAAAGCACAGAAGAAGAAGAAAAAGAAGGCCUCCAAAACUGCAGAGACUGCUACAGGCCAACCAGCUGAGAAUGAAGUUGCAGCUAAAUAGAGGCUACACCCUCGAAGAGCAAAAACAUCAGCAUUUCACUCUCGCCCUGUUUUAUCCUCUUCACCAUCAAACAUUGGCUCAAGAGUCACUGUUAAAGCCUGUGUUUAAAUGAUUUCUGCCUCCCCCUGUUAUGGAGAAAUAUGUCAUUAAGAUUUGGACUCCAAGCGAGUGCAACAAAUUUGUACUUUCAUAAUAAAUCUACUUACUCUUUUUGCAGCACUCAAUUUACAUUUCAACUGGAACGCAAUGCCUUUUUCACAAUGUAAUUAAAAAAGCUUCGCAAUUCUUUUUGGAGAGUUGCGUUUUUCACAACAUAUACCGCUGACUGUAUAAAAUGCUUUGUUUGGCCCAUAGGUUCAUUUGAAACAGCAUUACAUUAGACGAAGUGGUUUGGGAAAGAAAAAAUUGUUUUUUUGCAUUUAUUUCUCAGGGUUCUGAAGAAAAAGUAGUUUUGGACCGUCAGAAUCAAGAACACAUCCCUGGAGAAUUUGAUGACUUGCUGGGGCAUUAGAAUUUGAAUUCAGUGUACGGAAUUCCCGAGCACUUCUUUGUUGUGAUGCUAUAGCAUUUCAAAAAGCGGAACAUUACAUCUUUUUCUAUAACUGCCAUCCCUUUCUACAAAUGUCACAUCUGAAGAUAAAAUUAAGGAAUGUUUUGGUCAUACUUUUAUUCCUGCCCAUUUUCUUAUUUCACGUUUUAAUUGGUUUAAUUAUAUUUUGUUGAUCCUGGGAGAUUUUCCAAACAAACUUAAAGGUCAAUUAAUUCAAGUUGAUAUUAGAAAGUCUGAUUUAUUAGGGAUUUGGUUAAAGGUCUGGCCCAAGACACACUGAAGCUACUUCAACUCACUGAAAAAGGUUAUGACUUCCACUUGCCAAGGGCGAACAGCAUAUUAUCACUUUACCGUUUAUGAGCAAUAGUAUCUGUUUGACUGAAUAUUCAGCUCAAAGCUAGGCUUGGACUGGAUUGAGAAGCUUUCCCAGUGUCAUUUUACAAUCCAGUCAGUGCAGUUAUUUCAGGAGACGUGGUGGGAAGUGGCUCUAGAGCAUUUCUGGAUCAGUCCUGUUAGUUGGGGCUUAAACAUCUUUUUAAAUGUUGGUUAUUGUUACUUGUUCUGUUUCUAGAUUGUAACAGUUAAUGUGGGAGAGGAGGCCAGAGGUUUGGAUUUGACACAAUCUUGUUUUUGUAGAACCAUCAUAUGGGGCUAUUUUACAACUAAUGAAAUAAAACAUAACUUUUAAUAUA